AUGGUAUACCUUAAGGAUUCCGGCUGUCGGGAUCCUGGCAACCGUAACACUGACAACGGAAUCCCAACAGCUGCCAGAGCACCGAACACGGUAUCCCGAAAGGAUCAGGAUCCCGACGACAGAGUCACCACAGCCAGGAUCCCGAAGCAACACAGCCGGAGGGCCUUCCAGCUGCAGGGAGGAGGAGGCGUCGGGGACAGCCUGUUCCUGCUUUCUGGCAGUGGGGCGGAGGAUGAUGUAUGCAAUGUCCGUCAACAAAGACUGGAGCUGCAGCGUAAACUCUUUGAAAAGAAACAGAGAAGAAAGCGGCAGGAGCCCCAAAUGAUACAACCCAACGUUGACUAUAAAGUCAAGCCACGGAGAUCUCGGAAGACCGGGGAGCAGGAGGCCCCGGGGGAGUCCAGCACUGGGAGCAGCAUAUUUAUGGGUGUCUCAGUGGAUGCAACUGCCUUAACAGAGGGCACUCCUGCCAGCCGCUGCCUCAGUCCUAUCAUACGGAAAGUCAAUGCUGAUUGUAAGCUGGAGAAGAAGGAAGAGCUCAAUGAAGCCAACAUUUCAGAUGAAGAGCUGGAGGAGACCCUACUGGAAGAUGUUCUUCCCCGGGCAAACAAGAAAGAACCCAACUCAGCCAACCAAGAGCAGGAGACUAAGACAAAGGAUGGUGACGCUGUACCGGGUACUGUGCAGAACACGAAUUCAGAGAAGGCGUUUGCAUUUGAUAACUCCAGUGAAGAAGAGGCGUAUUCGGUGUCUGUAGGGGAUCGCAAAGUUCCUCCCGCACCUGUCAAACAGCGGAAGAAAAAGAAGACGCAAAAGCAAGCAGAUGCAUAUGAGGAAGACAAUGACUAUGAGGAUAUUCUCAGUAGUGUGGCAUACGCCAGACCAAUGACUAUCUACAAUAAGGAAGAAGACUCCAUGAUAGCAGUGCCGUUGGAGAUUGAUGAUCUAAAAGAAUUUGCCUUAUGCCCAGCUCCCCACAACAUGACUCUGAAGUGCCGCAUCACCAGGGACAAGAGGGGAAUAGAGAAGGGCAUUUACCCCACCUACUACCUCCACCUGGAGAGAGAUGAUGGCCAACGGAUGUUUCUUAUGGCUGGAAAGAAGAGGAAGAAAAGUAAGGCCUCCAAUUACCUCUUGUCAGUGGACCCCACAGACCUCUCGCGAGGCGGAGAAAGCUACAUUGGGAAAGUCAGGUCGAACAUGCUCGGAACCAGGUUCACAGUGUUUGACAACGGAGUGAGCCCCGAGUCAAAGCCCUUCGUGCAGGAGAGGGAGACGAUCAGACAAGAGCUGGCAUCUAUAUCUUAUAAAACCAAUGUGUUAGGGCUCAGAGGUCCUCGAAAAAUGAAAGUCAUUAUUCCUGGGAUGAACCAGGAGCGGGAGAGAGUGUGUAUUCAGCCCCUCGAUGAACGCGAGACCCUCCUGUCACGGUACCAGAAUGGAAAUAUGGAGGAUAUAAUUUAUCUGCAGAACAAGGUACCAUCGUGGAAUGAGGAGACCCAGUCCCACGUCCUCAACUUCCACGGACGAGUCACUUUGGCCUCUGUAAAGAAUUUCCAGAUCAUUAAUGCUGGUGACCCGGAGAACAUCCUUCUGCAGUUUGGCCGUGUUGCGGAUGAUGUGUUCACCAUGGACUGCAAAUACCCGCUGAGCCCGAUCCAAGCUUUUGGAAUCUGCCUGUCGAGUUUUGAUGGCAAACUGGCCUGCGAGUAGAUGUAACGAGACACAGACCUGUGACUGAGGGAAUCACCGUGACUGCCAGGUCGUUCAUUACGCAGACACACUGGAAAAGUAUUUAUUACGGCACUAAUUAAUACCUCUGCGAGGAAUA